AUGCCGUCAUACAAUCCAGAUAAGUGGAUUGAACAACUUCGACAAUGUCAGCACCUCCCGGAAGCUGACAUGAAAGCUCUCUGCGACAUGGUGCGCAACAUCCUCCUUGAAGAAUCCAACAUUCAACCUGUCUCGAGUCCUGUUACAAUUUGUGGCGACAUCCACGGCCAAUUCUGGGAUCUUAUAGAGCUGCUGCGGAAGGGAGGGGAGGUCCCAGAAACAAGCUACAUAUUCAUGGCACGGACUAAUCUAACUUGUGGCGACUUUGUAGAUCGCGGGCACUACAGCUUGGAGACUGUGUCGCUAUUAUUGGCGCUUAAAGCUAGAUAUCCGGAUCGAGUGACCCUUCUGCGGGGCAAUCACGAGAGUCGACAGAUAACACAGGUGUAUGGAUUUUACGAUGAAUGCCAACACAAGUAUGGCAGUGCCGCUGUAUGGAAGGCGUGUUGCAAUGUCUUUGACUUCCUCAACAUUGCCGCUAUCAUUGACGGGACAACCUUUUGUGUUCAUGGCGGUCUCUCACCCGAUAUCCGAACUCUUGAUCAAAUUCGGGUCCUGUCGCGCUCACAGGAAAUCCCUCACGAGGGAGCAUUUUGUGAUCUAAUGUGGUCUGACCCCGACGACAUUGAAUCAUGGGCUGUCAGCCCUAGGGGCGCUGGCUGGCUGUUCGGACGGAACAUCACACAAGAAUUCAACCAUGUGAACAACCUCAACAUAAUUGCCCGGGCCCACCAGCUUGUGCAAGAAGGAUACAAGUACAUGUUCGAUGAGCAACUAGUCACCGUGUGGUCAGCGCCAAAUUACUGCUAUCGAUGCGGGAACUCAGCAUCUAUUAUGACGGUCCACGAAGAUGGGAGUAGGACAUUCACAGUUUAUGAGGCUGCUGAAGAGAAUCUGAGAGAUAAGGGACAAGGAAGGAAAAUUAGCAAUAUCCCCUACUUUGUAUGAUUAUCACUGUUCUAUUCCAAAUUUCACAUGUU